AUGUUGAAGGAAAGCGUCCAAAAAGCAGGCACUGGUAGUUUAUUGUUUCGUGUUGGAAUGAGACUAGAGGCUAAGGACCGUAUGAACCCAGAGCUCAUCUGUGUCGCUACUGUGAAAUCAAUAAAACCAAAUGGGGACUUGUUGAUUCAUUUUGAUGGAUGGAGUGACGGCUAUGACUACUGGUGUAAGCCGGAUUCAACUGAUAUCCAUCCAGCCAUGUGGUGUAACAAGCAUAACAAGAAGGUUACUCCUCCUAAAGGUCACGUUGGGAAUUUCUUGUGGAAUACUUAUUUACAUGAUCCGGAUAUUAAUCCUGCCCCAGCUCAUAUAUUCACUGAGUUGCAGCUGGGUGUUGCUCCAUCAGGUAACAGGAACCAGUUGAGAUUAUUCCGAGUUGGUAUGAGACUGGAAGCUAAAGACAGAGCCAAUCCUGCCCUCAUUUGUGUUGCUACAAUAACUGAUAUUAACGAUAAUAAAUUACUCAUUCAUUUUGAUGGCUGGUCAAACCGGUAUGACUACUGGUGUGAUCCGGAUACAGUUGAUAUCCACCCGAUAAGCUGGUGUGCUAGUAAAGGAAUUCACCUUCAACCACCUCAUGGUCGGCACGGUCGGUUUACUUGGGAGGUCUAUCUACAGGAGGUUGGAGCAGAGAGAGUGCCAAAUGAGGUCUUCACACCAGCUCAAAGACAAUAAUAUUUAUUAUUGGUGUAGUGGAGUCAGACUUGGGUCAAAUACAAAUAGUAUUUGUAAUUAGUCGUAUUUAAAUACUUUUGAAAGUAUUUGUAUUUGUAUUUGUAAUUUGAGUUUUUGCAACAGGAAGUAUUUGUAUUUGCAAUUGAAAUACAGCAGGGAAGUAUUUCAAAAUACAGCAAAAUACUUUAAAAUACUUCAAUGUGGAUGAAGAUGCUGUUUGAGUGACAAAACUUUGAAAUACUAACGUUCACUAAAUGCAAUACAUGACUAUAACUAAAUAUUAUUGAUUAUACAUGCAUGCAUAAUGAAAAGAGGCUUUCAAUUUACUUGAUUGAUUAAUUCAUAAAACUACGUAGUUAAUAACUGUCUAUACUUGAGAAGAAAGUAUUUGUAAUUGUAAUUGAAAUACAUGUAUGCAGUAUUUGUAAUUGUAUUUAAAUACAAAGCUGAAAACAGUAUUUGUAUUUGUAUUUGUAUUUUUGUUUUUGUACAGUAUUUGUAUUUAAAUACUUCCACGUUGUAUUUGACCCAAGUCUGAGUGGAGUUUUAGCAAGUUUACAAUGUCAUGUAUUAGAUAUAAAUAUUACAUGUGUUUUUCACUCGUAACUAUUUUUCUAUUAUCACUAACAUUUUUAUUCCUUUGAUUUUUAUUUUGUAAUUGGCCAGCUCAUGAUUUUAUAUACAAA